UUUUGUGAGCUCGGAACAAGACUUCCUCAUAGUAUCCCUGUCUCUUAUGCUUGAGAAGGUCUUCCCUUUCUGAAAUGUGGUAAUUUCAGGUGUUUCUUGCUGCUAAUGAACUUCCCACUGUGUCUCAGCCAUAGGUCCCGAUCUGCCUGCAGACCCCACGCAAUGGAAGCUGGCUCUGUGGUACGAGCAGUCUUUGAUUUCUGUCCCAGCGUUUCUGAGGAGCUGCCCCUCUUUGUGGGAGAUGUCAUCGAGGUGCUGGAUGUGGUGGAUGAGUUCUGGCUGCUUGGCAAAAAGGAAGGCGUCACAGGGCAGUUUCCUAGCAGCUUUGUGGAACUGGUGGAUAUUCCCCUUCUGAAGCAGGGAGAGAAGCUGUUUGUUUGUACCAGUGACUUCACAUCUCAAGAGCCAGGGAGCUUGUCAUUGCAGAGAGGAGACUUGGUGAUCCUGAGUGGUCCUCUGGCCUCCAGCUGGCUCCAAGGCAGAAGCAGCUGUGGUUCCAAGGGCUUUUUCCCUUCAUCAUGUGUGAGGGAGUUGCACCUUACAGUUCGGAGCUGUCAGUUCUCCCACAGCUCUCUCCUGGAGGUACCUGCCUACUCACUGGGCCAAGCCAGGGCCUUGAUGGGUCUUUCUGCUCAGCUGGAGGAGGAGUUGGACUUCAGAGAAGGGGAUGUGAUCAACAUCGUUGGCAUACCAGAGCCUGGUUGGUUUGAGGGGGAGCUCCAAGGCCGCAGGGGCAUUUUCCCAGAAGGUUUUGUGGAGCUGCUUACUCCUCUGAGAGCAGCAGGAACUUCAGUGGAUCAAGAGCCUGCAGGGCGUUGUGACACCAAUGGGACAGUGCCUACCAAGCAGGAGGAAGAUGGCAGAGAGAAUGGAGGGCAGGAGCCAGGGAGCACCUAUGGUGUUGCCUUGUACCAGUUCCAAGCUUUGGAGUCUGAGGAACUGGAUUUUGAUGUGGGUGACAGGAUUCGGAUUGUGGGCAUUCUGGAGGAUGGCUGGCUAGAGGGGGAACUGAGGGGGAAACGUGGUAUCUUCCCACACAGAUUUGUGAGACUGGAGGCUUCUGACCUUUACAGGGAAAAGGUGGGUGCUGGUGAUCCCCUGGCUGGAGGCAGCUGUGAGGUGAUUAUCCAUCAAGACUUAGAGAGCACCUGUUCCAGAGUUCUCCCUUUGCUGGAAAAAGAUAGCUGGGACAAGGAGGAUGGCUUGGUUGCACACCCUGAGCCUGACACUGUUGUGUCUCACAUGGCAGGGAGAUCUGAGGCUCCUUUGAGCACUGACUUGAGGCAGUGUCAGGCCUUUCCUGAUGCAGGGCUCCAGGAAUUACAUCCUGGAACCACAGCAGAUUCCCUCCCUUUUGAAUGCACAAAGACAGUCAAUGGCCUUCUCCACUCUACUCAGCUGCCUCCGCAGCAUAGCAGUGAGCCAGGCCAAGCAGGUGUAUUGGAACCUCCAGCCCUGCCUGAGCGUGAUGGCAGCAGACCCACCAUGCCCUCACAGACUCCCUGCUCCCCACCAGACAUUUGUGGAAGCCAGGCCAUUCCUCCUCCUAGCAGCUGGGCAGCAUCAGAGCCCCAGGAGAAGCAGAGCAGCAUCCAGGACCUGGAUGGUUGGGUGGAUGACCAGCAGAAGUCCAAACCAUGUUCUUCUGGCUGGGGAGGUGUCCACAUGGGUCUGGAUACACGGGCUGGGAGCUGGAGCGAGUGCUCCUCACUGGCAGCACAGGGGCACAGUGGCACAGACCUUGACUCAAAACUGACAGAGCAACUGGUGCAGUUUGAGAAGAGUCUGUCGAGUACCAGUGCUGAGCAGGACAAGGUCUCUCGUCACUUCUCUAUCUUGGACUAUAGCUCUGAGAAUGACAUUGUUCGUGGGUCUCCCAAGUGUGCCCCCCUUGCCAAGCUGCCAGAAAGGAGGAAGGCCCUAAGACCACCCCCUCCUCGGCCCAGCACCCUUGCAACAACUCCCAUGCCCAAAGGCCGGUCUCUGUCAUUCUCGGUGAAGCCCUCCCGGCCCGCUCCCCGGCCUCCGUCAAGCACUCAGAGAAGGAGCGUGGUCCCUCCACAGCUGCAACCCAAUGUAGCAGAGCAGCAUGCAGAGGAAAGCCGUGAGGAUGCAACACAGACAGGAUCAGCUUCUCCCUGCUCCAUCUUGCUGAUGAGGAUUGGAGAGCUGGAGCGAGACCUGGAGGCUUACAGGAAGACCCGCACUGAGCUCACCUUGCUGCUGGAGGAGCAGCAGGAUGAGCUGGUGAGAGCAGAGACCCUGGAGAACCUUGAUUUCUGUGACUCCAACAUUGAGAGCCUCAGUGCAGAGCUGCAGGAGCUGAGAGAGAUGACCCUCCUGUCCUCUCAGACUCCAUCCCUGGAGUCAUCCUCAGCUGUAACUGAGAGCCCAGAGCACAGGAUGCUGGAGAAGAGGUCCAAGGUUAUUGAGGAACUGCUCCAGACAGAGAGGGACUACAUCCGAGAUCUGGAGAUGUGUGUGGAAAGGAUCAUGGUGCCCCUUCAGCAGGCACAGGUUCUGAAUGUAGACUUUGAGAGUCUUUUUGGAAACAUCCAAGUGGUAAUUAGCUUUUCUAAGCAACUGCUGUCGACCUUGGAGGCUUCAGACUCCAUCGGGCCGGUGUUCCUGGCACAGCGUGCAGAGUUGGAGAAUGUUUACAAGGUGUAUUGCCAGAACCAUGACGAGGCCAUUGCACUGCUGGAAACGUAUGAGAAAGAUGAGAAGAUCCAGAAGCUACUCGUGGACCUGCUGGAUAACCUCAGGAGCCUGUACAGUGAGUGGGGCUGCACAAACUACAUUAACCUGGGUUCAUUCCUCAUCAAACCAGUACAAAGGGUGAUGCGAUACCCCCUGCUGCUGAUGGAGCUGCUGAGUGCCACCCCUGAAUCUCACCCUGACAAGGCACCACUCACAGCUGCUGUUCUUGCAGUCAAAGAAAUCAAUGUCAACAUCAAUGAGUACAAGCGUCGGAAGGACCUCGUGCUUAAGUACCGGAAAGGGGAUGAAGAUAGCCUCAUGGAGAAGAUCUCCAAGAUCAACUUCCACUCUAUCAUCAAGAAAUCCAACCGUGUGAGCAGCCACCUCAAACAUCUCACAGGCUUUGCGCCCCAGCUGAAGGAUGAAGCCUUUGAGGAGACAGAGAAAAAUUUCCGGAUGCAGGAGCGACUGAUCAAGUCCUUCAUCAGGGACCUUUCACUCUACUUGCAGCACGUUCGGGAGUCGGCCUGCAUGAAGGCACUAGCAGCAGUCAGCAUGUGGGACCUGUGCAUGGAGAAAGGCAGUGGGGACCUGGACCAGUUCCAGAAAGUGAACCGACUCAUCAGCGACCAGCUGUUCUCCACCUUUAAAGAGCGGACAGAGCGGCUGGUGACCACACCCCUGAACCAGCUGCUGAGCAUGUUUGUAGGGCCCCACAAGCUGGUGCAGAAACGCUUUGACAAGCUCCUCGACUUCCACAACUGCACGGAGCGAGCGGAGAAGCUGAAGGACAAGCGAACACUGGAGGAGCUGCAGUCAGCCCGCAACAACUACGAGGCCCUCAAUGCCCAGCUGCUGGAUGAGCUGCCCAAGUUCUUGUCCUUAGCCAAGGAGCUGUUUGCCAACUGCGUGCGGGGCUAUGCUGAGGCACACUGUGACUUUGUGCGCCAGGCCCUGGAGGAGCUGAAACCUCUGCUGUCGUUGCUGAAGACGUCUGGCCGGGAGGGGAACCUCAUUGCCAUCUUCCAGGAAGAGCACAGUCGAGUCCUUCAGCAGCUCCAGGCCUUCACCUUCUUUCCAGAGUCACAAGCAGCCCCCAGGAAGCCUUUUGAGAGGAAGACCAUGGAGCGUCAGUCUGCCCGGCGGCAGCCACUAGGUGCCUUGCCCAGCUACUUCCUGCAGACAGAUGACAUCCGAGCGGCCCUCCUGGCUCGAUAUCCCCCUGACAGCCUCUUCCAGGCAGAUCGCAAUUUCAAUGCUGCCCAAGACCUGGAUGUCUCACUGCUGGAGGGAGACAUUGUGGGAGUCAUCAAGAAGAAAGACCCCAUGGGCAGCCAGAAUCGCUGGCUCGUAGACAAUGGGGUGACCAAAGGAUUUGUGUACAGCUCCUUUCUGAAGCCUUACAACCCGCGUCGCAGCCAGUCGGAUGUCUCAGUGGGAAGCCACUCUUCCAAUGAGUCUGAGCAUAGCAGCUCUUCUCCCCACAGCAGUACCACGCUGACCUUCAGCCCCAGCAGGGCAGCCGUGGCCUUCACUCAUAAACACCCCCAGGACUCUGCUUCGCUGGGAGAGCCGUGCCACUCUCCACAGUCCCCCACAGAGAUGGACUCUCCAAGCUCUGGUGACAGGACAGCCCCACUGGAGGGUGGAGCGGUGACAUCUCCACGCCGCUACAGCCGACCUGAGCCAGGCUACAGCCCCAGUCCUCGCAAUGGGCACCCUGCCAAAGCACAUCUUAGGUCUGCAUCCUUGGUGGAGAACAGAGACUCUGAGCUCGAGAGUGGCGAGUCAGAAGGCAACCAGCAGGUCUAUUAUGCUCUCUACACCUUCAAAGGCCGAAACAUGAAUGAGCUGAGUGUGUCAGCUAACCAGAGACUCAAGAUCCUGCAGUUUGAAGACAUCACGGGCAAUCAGGAGUGGUGGCUGGCUGAGGCACACGGCAAGCAGGGCUAUGUGCCCUCCAGCUACAUCCGGAAGACAGAGUACACGUGAGGCUGAGGGGGCAGGAGGCCCCACCUUGUGCCUACCAGGACUGCAAGGGGCCCACGGCCUCCACUGCUUGCCCCAAGGGGAUGAGGCUGUGCUGUGGGAAAGAGGGAAGGUGGGCUGGCAGAGCAGGCACUUUGCCCAAGAGCAGGGGCCAGCAGCUGUCACCCUGACACCCUGAGCUGUUUUAUCCUCCAGCCAUGAGCAGAGUGGGGCUGUGGCCCAGGGGGAAAUGGCUAGACCAAGACUGAGGAGCUACUGUGGAUUUAAAUUGUGGAAGACUGUUGCUGAGGCCAUCUUUAGCAAAAUAGUGUUAGAAGCAGCCUAGAGCCUUGUGAACAAGUUCUCUGUGCCUUAGCAGCAGCAGGUCCUGCCUUGUCUGUGUAGGACCCCAGAUCAGCAAUGUCUGUUCUGACCAGAGGAAGCUGCUUUGAGGAUUGCUGUGAAUAGUUCAAUUACACAGUGAGUCCAGCCUCCAGGAGCACCCACUGUAGAGCCCCAGUGGAUACUGUGUCUAUGUGCUUGGUCUCCUGAAGGGGGGGUGCCACUAAGCUCUGCUGCUAGCAGCAACCAUUAAGCACCUGCUUCCGGGACCAGCUAUAGGUUCUGAACACCACCUUGCCUUGUAUCCAUACUGUCUCCAGUGUCCAGGACCCCCCUCUUUGUUCUAGCAUGCCCACAUAGCUCCUCUGGAGCAAGACAAAAGGCAAAGCACUGGCUGUCCUGCCACCUCAUUUUUGUGGGCUCUGACCAGGUGUGCCUUACCUGUGCAUGCUUCAGGGCACUGGAGAUGGUGCUUAUGUUCUGGGAGGGAUGCUGUGCCCUUUGCGGGGGUACUGUGUCUUAUGUGCUGCUGCCAUGACCUGAAAGAAGCUCCUUUGUCCUUGGGGCAGUGUUUGAGUCCCUUGCACUGCUGCUCCAUAAAUAAAGGUUUGCCCUUGUAUAUAGGAA